AUGUCCAAAUUCACCAGAUUGAUCUCGAGAACAGCCAUGGCGAGGCUGAGGGACCCAUCGAAUUACUCUUCCUCCGCCGCGAUUCACACCAGGGGAAUCUUUUCACCUCCUACAGCUGCUGCUCCGGAAGAAGAGCAAGGGAUUGUUAACAAGCGGAAUCCCAUAUUUUUGGGCGUUGGCGCAAUUGGCGGGAGGAAUCAUUCAACUGUUGCUGCUGAAUUUUCUAGUGGGGUGAGGCCGUGGACUCGUCCCUUAUCUCCUCAUCUUCCGGUCUACAAGCCGCAGUCCAAUUCGACGUCUUCCAUUUUCAAUAGAAUUGCAGGAGUUUACCUAACUGCCGUUGUUUUGGCUCCUUACUUUCUUUGUAUGAAAGUAGGGACGGUGGCGUUUACCUAUGACUACGUUUAUCAGCUCUUCUUUUAUUCAUCGAAGCUCGUCCCUAUCUCCGCCGAGAUUGCUGCCUUAGCCUUGGGAUAUCAUGUGUACAAAGGGAUCGGUCAUUUAGUCGCGGAUGCUUCCGGCAAAGUGGGUAAAGUUAAAAGGCAUUGA